ACAUUCCUAUCGUCUUUUUCAUCGAGUUGGUGACAGUGCAAAUCUUGUCACAUUCAACUAGUAAGCUUUGAUAAAUCGUGAAUUAACAAAAAUGCCAAGUCAAGAGGUUGUUACGACGAAAGUUGUGGUCCAUCCGCUAGUUUUACUCAGCGUUGUGGAUCAUUUCAAUCGUAUGGGGAAAAUUGGCAAUCAAAAACGUGUUGUGGGAGUUUUACUUGGCUGCUGGCGUGCCAAGGGAGUCCUCGAUGUCUCCAACAGUUUUGCAGUUCCGUUCGAUGAGGAUGACAAAGACAAAUCAGUUUGGUUCCUCGAUCAUGAUUACCUUGAGAACAUGUUUGGAAUGUUCAAAAAAGUUAACGCUAGAGAAAAGGUUGUUGGAUGGUACCACACAGGUCCUAAACUCCAUCAAAAUGAUGUUGCUAUCAACGAAUUGAUCAGAAGGUACUGUCCCAACUCCGUCCUGGUGAUCAUCGAUGCCAAACCCAAAGAUCUAGGUCUUCCCACUGAAGCCUAUCAAGCUGUUGAAGAAGUUCACGAUGAUGGUUCACCGACUUCGAAAACAUUUGAACAUAUCCCAAGUGAGAUUGGAGCCGAAGAGGCUGAAGAAGUUGGUGUUGAACAUUUACUAAGAGACAUCAAAGAUACAACUGUGGGAACUCUUAGUCAGAGAAUCACGAAUCAAUUGCUGGGGCUCAAGGGGCUUCAUGCUCAAAUUAGAGAAAUAAAGGAUUAUCUCAUCCAGGUUGGCAAUGGAAAGCUUCCAAUAAAUCACCAAAUUGUGUAUCAACUGCAAGAUAUUUUCAACCUUCUCCCAGAUAUGUCCCAACACACCUUCGUAGACUCCCUAUACGUUAAAACAAAUGACCAGAUGCUCGUUGUUUAUUUAGCCGCGCUCGUGAGGUCCAUAAUUGCAUUACACAAUUUAAUCAAUAAUAAACUGACUAAUCGUGAUGCUGAGAAAAAGGAAACCGAUAAAAAAGAAACGAGAAAAGAGGAGAAAAAAGAAGAUAAGGAUGAUAAGAAAGAUGAUAAAGAAAAAUCAAAGAUCAAGUGAGUAUAUCAACUUGGACGAGAAAAGCAAAAGUUGUAAAACCAUAAAGUUAAUAAUAAGGCGACUUUAUCUAAUUUGUGAUCUAAUGUGUAAAUUCUGAACAGUAAAAACAGCUCUUUGGAUUUGUACAGAUA